CGGCGCGGUCCUUUGGGUAGGGGGGGAAGUCGGCGCCCCGCGCUCGGUGGGCGCAGCAUGGCGGAGCAGGAGGGCCCCGAGUUCGGCAAGGCCGACUUCGUCCUGCUGGACGAGGUGACCAUGGAGCACUUCAUGGAGAACCUGCGCCUGCGGUUCUCGAAGGGCCGCAUCUACACCUACAUCGGGGAGGUGGUGGUGGCGGUGAACCCGUACCGGGCCAUGGGGCUCUACGGCCCCGCCGUGGUGGAGCAGUACCGGGGCCGCGAGCUCUACGAGCGCCCGCCGCACCUCUUCGCCUUGGCCGACGCCGCCUACAAGGCCAUGAAGCGCCGCGCCAAGGACACCUGCAUCGUCAUCUCGGGUGAGAGCGGGGCGGGGAAGACGGAGGCCAGCAAGUACAUCAUGCAGUACAUCGCCGCCAUCACCAACCCCACCCAGCGCGCCGAGGUGGAGAGGGUGAAGAACGUGCUGCUGAAGUCCAACUGCGUCCUGGAGGCCUUCGGCAACGCCAAGACCAACCGCAACGACAACUCGAGCCGCUUCGGCAAGUACAUGGACAUCAACUUCGACUUCAAGGGCGACCCCACGGGCGGCCACAUCCACAACUACCUCCUGGAGAAGUCCCGAAUCCUCCAGCAGCAGCCGGGAGAGAGGAACUUCCACUCCUUCUACCAGGUGAGG